AGCCUCAUUGUGCGGUGCUGAGGUAACGCCGCGGCCUUGUUCUACCGGGGAUGGAGGAGGACGGCGGGGCGGGAGCGGCCCCCGCGGCCCCCGCCGGCCUCUCGGCCUCCCAGCGCCGAGCCGAGCUGCGGCGGAAGAAGCUGCUGAUGAACUCCGAGGAACGGAUCAACCGCAUCAUGGGCUUCCACCGGCCCGCCGCGGGCAAGGAUGACGAAAGUCACACAGAAUCAAAGCUCCAGCGUGAGCAAGAUAAACCCAUUCCUUCCGUUUCUAAGCGAAUUGUGCUUGGUGAUGCUGUCUGUAGCAUGGCAGGCACAGCUGACCAUGCAGCCGGCAUGACUGACCUCAGAGGGGAGAAGGACUUGUUCACUAAAACACCAGACCUCGUCAAUGAGGGCACAAGCGAGCUCCGUCACCGUGGCAGAGGGGAACUGCCACCUGAAGCUGCGGCACGGCCACCUCGACACGGAUUAGACCAGUACCUAUCCAGAUUUGAAGAAGCUCUGAAGCUGAGGAACCAGCUGAUGAAUGAGAAGCCAAGCCAAGAGAAUGGGAAUGCAGCGGAGGAGUUUGACUCUUUCCGCAUUUUUAGAUUGGUGGGGUGUACUGUGCUUGCCAUCACAGUCAGGGCGUUUGUGUGCAAGCACUUGUCAAUAUUUGCACCAUUUCUUACUCUACAACUUGCUUAUAUGGGCCUGGCCAAGUACUUUCCAAAGUAUGAGAAGAAGGUCAAAACGACGGUGUUAACCGCUGCUCUCCUCCUGUCUGGAAUCCCUGCGGAAGUCAUUAGUCGUUCCAUGGACACCUACAGCAAAAUGGGAGAUGUUUUCACAGACCUCUGUGUCUAUUUCUUUACUUUCAUCUUUUGCCAUGAACUCGCUCUGGCUUUUGGUUCUGAAGAACCAUGAUGUAGAAUUGACCGCAGUAGUUCCACUAAAGCUUUCUGGACUGUUUUCCUUUAGCAUCUGACUGUGCAGACAGGUUUCAACCUUCAUUAGAAUUCUUAACCUGGUCAAAUACUUGAAAGGAGCCUUAAAUCCAGUCAUUUGGGGAAAGGAAGAGCAGGGUCCCAGACUGCCAGUUGUAUUGGGUCAGUUUAUUUAAUGCUGUGUCUGCCUGUUACAAAUGUGAAGAAUAGGGGGCAAGUGUCAGUGGGUUAUUUAUUUGGUUUAGUUUGAUGAUGCCCUUCUCAGCCUCCUUCAUAAGCAUUUACAAAGCUGCCUUUGUCCUUCUCAGUGAGGACAAAGAGAAUACCAUAAAGCAGAACAUAUAGAUACCUAUCUCCAGUAUGACUGUAGCUAACAAGAACUCAUUUUGUGGUGUUCCCAUUUUCUUUAAGCAAGCUCUGAAUGAAAGAAAUCCCUUUAUUCUCCUGUUCCAAUUCCAAAUGUUGAACCAAGUAGCUGCUUCUGGAGGAGGUUGGUGAAACAUGCCACCUUGUUGUCCUUAUCCUUGCCUUGCUAUACAUUGUGAUUGUGAUCCAUUUUGAUGGUUAUAGUGCAAAACAGCUAAGCAAAAACACCAACAAAGAAAGUCCUGUUCUUUACAACUGUCCUUAAUUGAAAAGUAGGAAGAAACACAACCGUUCAUCUUGCCUGUUUGUGAGUUUCCAGCAGCCUAAUCCUAGUGCAGCCAUUCCUGUGCUUUCAUCCUCAUGCCUUUUCUUUACUUCAAGAGUUAAUUUCAUGAGGGGAAAGCUGUAUAUAUUGGCAACCAACCCGCAGUAUCUGCUGUUUGCUUUGCUACGUGUAAAACUUAAAAGGGAACUACUUGUCCAGCUCCUUGCAGGACUGCAGAAGACAGCUUUUAAUAUGACAUUCAUCUCUGCAGUUUGUCUCUGUUUAUCCUGCAAACAGGAUCUUGACUGUUUAAGAGUUCUGCUCCUGUAGGAUCAUACCCAGCAGUGCUCAGCCUCUGAUGCAGCAGAGCUCUUCAUCUCAACUCAGUUUGGGGUGUUUCCGACCUUGCCCCCUUGAAAUCGCAGUGACUGUUCCUGUUUAAACCCUGUACCACAGGUGACAGUGAAAUCAAACCCAGGGCUUUGAGCUGCCUCCCAUGUGAACAUGAAGGAAAGGAGAACAGCAUUUGAUUGGGUUUUAUAUCCAGCCACAUAGAUGAGAGGGUGACAAAUACAACUGAAUCCUGUCUCUGGUUAAUGUGAGAAGCUCUUGAAUUUGUUUGGUCUCAAUUUUGCACAGGGAAAGGAAGGAGGUGUCAACUUAAACACUGAUGAUCUCCAAACUUUCUAUUGAAGCUAAAUUUGUCAGUGUUGUUGGCUUAUAGCUUUCGGCUUAGAAUCUGGACUUGAAGGCAAUCUCAGCAAUGCCCUUUUUUAGCACAGGGAAACACUCGUUUAUCUCAGUAUUUGUCUGCAGAAAUACUUUUAGGGAGCAGAAGAGUUUGACCAUGGCUCUGUAAAGCAAAGGGCUCUGUGUUCCGCUGCCUUUCUGUUAAGGCUUCCUGCUGUUCCUGUAGCACAGCAUUUCUGACUCCUACAUUAGAUUCAGGUUGGUUUGUGGCAUGAAAACAGGAAGCUUAUGUUUCAAUUUGACUAGUUCCAGGCUGUUUUUUACUGAUUCUUUUACAGGUGCCCAGGGCUGGGCUGCAGAACGUUCUGAUGUUGUUCUAUUAGCACAGAUACUUAUUUAGAAGCUUUACAUUUGUUUCUUUCAGACAGGAAUUUCAGCAGGUUGAAAUGACUGUCAGUUCAGUUCAGGUUGAGGUAUGUACAUAAUGAGUUUGCUCUGAAGUUGCACUUGUUCUGACUGUUUAUGUGCCCCAAUGUAAUACAAAUAAACUGCCGAAAUACCCUGUACUAACA